GCCGACUCGUUCAUGACCGACACAAAGAGCCGGCUCUUUGAGCCGACUCGUUCCCGACCAACACAGAGCAGUGCGUGCGAAUGUGAAGAAAGAUAAGUAAACAGUUAGCUUGUUAAUAACGGGAUAAAAUGGACCCACAGAAAGAUGCUCAACCGCCUAAACAGCAACCUAUGAUCUACAUAUGCGGAGCCAGCAGAGCCCUUUACUCUGAGGUCUAAUCCGAGGCUCUCCCAUCAGAUCCUGCUGCAGCACUGCAUCGCUGUGGCACUUCCCCCCAUCUGUGACGUCACCUCCGACACCUCAUCCAGGGGGCGUGUCCAUCAGAAAUCCCCAGCCAGGCAGGCUCAGAUGUAGCUGCAGCUCUGCGAGAGAGAGAGAGAUAGGCAAAGACAGGGAGGGAGGAAGAGUUUAACACACUGCGGAGGGAGUACAGCCAUGGGGAACGCACAGGACAAACCCCCAGGCAGCGGAGGAGGGGGCGGUAGAUCGGACCAGGCCGCAGCGGGGAGCGGGACGCGAAGCCGGGGCGGAGGCGGCGCAGAAAAGCCCCACCGAGCUCCGGGGAAGGGGGUGGUGAACGGCUCACAGAGGGAAAACAGCCCUGCUGGUGGACAACAGCGGCAGGACAGCCCUGCAGUGGACACAAGUUAUCUGGAUGCCCCUGCUGGAGCCCUGCCUCCUCACCUGGCCCGGCUCAAGAACGCAGGGAACCACCUCUUCAAAAAUGGACAGUUUGGGGACGCCUUGGAGAAAUACACACAGGCCAUUGAUGGCUGUGCUGAAGCAGGCAUCGAUAGUCCAGAAGACUUGGGCAUCCUCUACUCGAACAGAGCAGCCUGUUUCCUGAAGGACGGAAACAGCACAGAAUGCAUACAGGACUGUACCAAGGCUUUGGAGCUGCAACCCUUUUCCUUGAAGCCCCUGCUACGCAGAGCUAUGGCCUAUGAGACACUGGAGCGCUACAAAAAGGCCUACGUGGAUUAUAAAACCGUCCUGCAGGUAGACACCGGGGUGCAGUCGGCUCGCGACAGCGUCCACAGGAUCACCAAGAUGCUUAUUGAUGAGGAAGGACCCCAGUGGAGAGAGAAUCUCCCAGAGAUUCCCACCGUCCCUCUGUCCGUGCAGCUGGAACACAGAGACAAACCAGUCAGCGCUGAAGUAGCUCAGGCCCGAGCCGCCAGAGCAGCGCAGGGCGAGGCCACAAAAAAUGAGGCCAGAUUCACUCUGCUGAAACGUGAAGGCAACGAUCUGGUGAAGAAAGGAACCUUCCAGAAGGCUAUGGAGAAGUACACUGAAUGUCUCGCUUUAAAACCGGAAGAAUGUGCUCUCUACACAAACAGGAGCAUUUGCUUCCUGAAACUGAAUCGCUUUGAAGAGGCCAAACAGGACUGUGACUCGGCGCUGCAGCUGGAGCCGGGCAACAAGAAAGCUUUCUACAGACGAGCGCUGGCUUACAAGGGUUUACAGGAUUACCUGUCUGCCAGCAGUGAUCUGCAGGAAGUCCUCCAGCUGGACCCCAACGUCCGGGAGGCCGAGCUGGAGCUGGAGGAGGUGACGGGCCUGCUGAGACAGAGCCUGAUGGACAGCACGGCACACACACCACGGGUUUGAUUUAUGUGGAGAAGUAUGGAGGCAGAGGAAGUUAACAUGUUCACUGAACUGAUGCAGUUGUGGAGGCAAAGGACUCUUUAAGCCAUCGACUGUAGUGAGUAACCCCUGAAAACUGGAAAUGACUGGCGUUGACUUCUUGGACAACCAGCUUUCUGCUCUGCACCAUCUGCAACGUGUGCAAACGGCACCAUAGCUCCUGAGUACACAACCUUACAUAACACAACAGGCAGCUUUAUUAAAAAAAGGCUAAAGUCGAGGCACCCUUGACCUGCUUGCACUAUAAAUCAUUCACAUUAUGAUGUAAUGUACUGUUUAUACAGAAUCAUGUUUUAUGGUGGAGUAGCAGGGGGGAAAGUGAGAGUGUAAUAUGUUGUGCCUUACCGAGAUUUCUACCGCAGUUUGGUUGAAAUACGCCAAGAUUUUUCCUCUGAUUUGUUUUUAAAAAUAUUGUGUUUGCUUGCAAAUUGGUUCACUGAGCUCAUGACUAAAGCACCGAUUCAACUUAACUAUGUUGUAUAUGAAGAUAGACAACUCCCUAAAAGAUUUUAAAGGUGAAUGAAAGUUAUUAUCUGUUAUGUAUCCAGCUCUUCCAGCUAUUUCAAGACCUUUGUCAUUGUUUACAUGUAUUUUCCGCUGCUAUUUACUAAAGCCAACCUUUCCUCUAAAGUAUAUUGUUAAAACUUUAAUUUAAGAUGGUAAAAUUAUAAUUUCCUACAGUUAGAAUAUCACAUGAGCUCAGUUAUUGUUAAUAAUAAAUGGUCACUUCUUUGGUUUAGGUAAUCCAGCAACUGAAGUCAGCGUUACUUAAUCCUGUACUGUAAGUGGGUCUCAGGUCUAAUCUUGAAUGUAACCAAGAUGAUGCGUACGUGUCCUUGUGUGUGAAUAGGUGUACCGUAUUUAUGUUUGGAAAGUUUCUUUAUCAGAGUAUUAUAGUUUUAAUAAUGGCUCAUAACUCCGAACUCUUUGAUCUGAUUGAAGAAUCUCUCAUAAAUCUGAAUGGUGGUGAAUUACAAUUCGAUAUGACCCAAAGCAGUCCAGUCUGAAAAACUAAAACAGCUUGUAGUCUGGAUCCUCCAUUGUAAGGUUGAAGUCUCAGAAGGUAUUCGGUAUGCUGCAGAUUACCCCCCCCCCACACAGACACCAUCAACAAACAGGUGUUUCUACUUCCUCUGCCUCAUUACAGCUCCCUUCAGGUCUCUGUACAGAAAGUGCUCGAUUGAUCGCUAUCUGUUUCUAUUUUUACACCUGAGAGGGAGGGACAAAAAAGACUUGUGUAACUCUAAUGACCAUCUUACACUAAAUGACCGAGAUCAAGAGCCACAACGGUCUGUGACAUUGACAUUUUGGUGAAAGGCCAGUAUGACCUGUUUGGAGGGACAAAUGACUCUUUUUGUUUCUUGCCCUCACUUCAAUAGGAGCUUAGGUCUAUUCAACCAACAUGACUAAAAACACCUGUGUAAGUGUGCAGGGCAUUUAAAUAUCUUUAUUUUAAACAUCACAAACAAUUUAAAUCUUUGAGUUGCACAAUGUCCCACAUCUUUUAUUUCAUUAAUACUUUGAUGUAUUCAUUUGGUUUGUCUGAUUUUAACUAUUUCCCCCUUGCGUUGUCUUAAUAAAAGCAUUAAAAAAAACUAAAUGAGAACACUUGCUAUGAGGCUAUAGGUGUUGCUUCGUGGAAUGUAAGAGCAUGUACUGUAUGUAAAUAGUUUGGAUGCAAAUGUAAAUAAUAAAAUGCUACAUGGCUGCUUUAAUGAG